UUUUGAUAAGCGUUUUCGUUGUUCUAUGAGUGAAUCAUAUUUGUGCACCACUUAGAUUAUAAUCCAAAAUUUCAUAGAUUUUUUAUAUUAAAUCAUUAUUUACCUGCGUCUGAGUAAAACAAAAUAAUGGCUAAGAAUACCUCUAGUUCAGCAUUCCGCAAAAUCGAUGUGGAUCAAUAUAAUGAGGAUAAUUUUAAGGAAGACGAAGCAGACGCCAUAUCAGCCACUGUUGGUCCAGAUGAAAAUGAAAUAACAACACUACUUACACAGGGUAAAUCCGUUGAGGCUUUAGUUAAUGUCUUGCAAAAUGCGCCAUUACGUUGCAAAAAUCAGCAUGUGAAGGACAACGCCUUGAAUACAACUCUACGUGUGCUACUCUCGAUCAAAUCAUCACAAAUGGAUCAAGCUGUGGAAGCGCUCGAACAAAACGAUUUACUAGAUGUUUUAAUGAAAUACAUUUAUCGCGGCUUUGAAAUUCCAUCAGAGGGCUCUAGCGGGCAUCUUUUGCAAUGGCACGAAAAGGCAUUUGCCAAAGGUGGUGUGGGUUGUAUUGUGCGUGUACUCUCUGAUACUAAUCGUGCAUAAAAAUGUAUUAAUCGUUGAAGAACUUAAACUUAAGUGAACGAAGCGAGUACCGAAAAGUAAAUAGUUCUGGCUUUUACAAUACUUCCAUAGCUAUACUAAAAUGAAUCAUUAAUUAGUUAAACUCAACUACAAACAUAUGUUGGUUAUUAAAAAACAAAAAUGUUGCAAUACACUGGCGUAUUUUGUUGCAAUUGUUAUUCUACAGGCCGUCUUUCAUGGAUGAUUUUCAUAUGGGAACUGGUGUGUCGCGAGUCUGUCGUAGUCAAUAAUGUUGUAUCAUGUUUUUUUUAUACACAUGUAACGGUGCAUAUAAAUUAAAAGAAAAAAAAAAUUUCGUAUUUAUUUUUAAAUUAAAGUAUUAAACCGUUCGUUUUCCAAACUGCAUAAAUAAAUAUAUGUGUAUUCAUUUACAAGGGAGAACCUAUAUGAAAUGGAAAUUUGUUUGUUUGAAGCGGAAUUUAGUUACAAUUACAUUUUUAUAAUUUGCCACUGAAAGAAGUAGUGAAGAAGUUUAUGCACGCUUUAGAACCAUGCUAAUCGGCACUUUACCAAUUAACAUAUGAAAUGUUAAUAGCAAUCAUGUUCGAAAUGGAAUGAAAUUACUACUCACAACUAGUGUAAUUUACUGCUCCGACAGUGCUUCUAACCAAAACAUGAGUUAUAACUAGUUUAAAUUUGAAUUACAAACAUCUAACAUUUUAGUUAUUAUUAUUUUUUAACAGAGUAUCAUUUUAUUUUAUAUCCAGUAUUAUGCAGUUAUAAAUAGUGCAUUGUUUUUUUUCAAUAAACUGAAUGAAUUAGUCGUCUUUGUUUAUGGGCGAGAUUACUUAGUUGUGCUAAAUAUCAGUUAAUUACCCAAACACAUAUAAAAACAAGGACUACUAACAAAUAUCUUCAUUUAUAACAAAUAACUUUCACUAAGCACUUAAAAGAUUUUAUGAAUUAACUAAUUUCAAACGAAAGGAAACUAGCAUAUUUAUUGAUAUUUUUGUUUUUGCUUUUGAAGGUUACAGUGAAAUGCAAUAGGUGUGACGAAUUUAAUAUUUAAAAUAUUUUAUAUUAUUUCACUUACUAAACAGCGCAUUGAGUGACAUUUUUUGAAAAUUCACAAAAACAUAGAUAUAUACUAAAUUUAUAUGUGUCUAAAUUUCCACUUUUACCAAGUCUUUUGUUUACAAGUCGAACGAAAGCAAUUGAUGUUCUAAUAAGAAAAAAAUGGCAUUUAAUAUUUUAUCCAACACACUUCUUUUGGGAAACUAAAAAAUAAUGCAUGCAUACUCUUUUUCAAAAUUGUGUAUGUUUAGUUUUGCAAAAAAGAGUUAUUCAAGUAGUGAUAAAGGAAAAAAAAGAGAAUUUAAGUGAAUAAAAAAUAAACUUGACAAUGCGUAUAUGUAUGUAUAUAUAUGAAUGCAGCUUUAAUGAAGAAUACAAAUCACCAACUGGUGACGAAGCUCAAACGACGACAAUGCUGUAUUUUAAAUACAUUUCUAAUGUCAUAAUAGCCCCAUAACACCAAAAACACGACUCUCUACCACAUAUGCGUUUCGCGUAUUUCGCUUAUUAUGUGGUUUGCCCUGGUGAGCGCCUGAUAAAGAUAGAGCAAAUGGUAAUACAACAAAUAAAUAUGGAAAUUUUUGUAACGAGCAUACCUUUAACAUAUCGGCCGCCUCUUUUCGUCGCACUGCGAUAUGAUCCGAUUCGUUGAGUAAAGUUUCUGCUCUUUCCGACUUGUACAAAUGUGUGACUAGCUCGCUUUGUAGAUUAUCCUUAACGUAAUUAACUAAGAAAUGCAUGAUCGCUUUUGGUACAGAAUCCUGUAUGGAUUUGCGCACAAUGUAGAAAUACGACUUAAUUAAGCGUUC